AUGGCCAAUAGACUGUCUUUGGUGUUGACCUUUUUGGUUGGUCCUGAACAGAGUGCUUUUGUGAAGGGUAGAAGAAUUCAAGAUGCUCUAAUUCUGGCUCAUGAAAUGGUUAAGGAUUUUAAAGGAUCUCAACAUGCUUCUAUGGCUCUUAAGGUAGAUAUUAAAAAGGCCUAUGAUUCUGUGUCAUGGGAAUUUUUAUUAAAGAUUCUCAAGGGGUAUGGGUUUAGUGAUGUGAGGCUUACUUGGAUUACCAAUAUUCUUACCUCCACUAGGUAUUCUGUUUUGAUUAAUGGCUCACCUCAUGGAUUCAUUCAACCAGGUAGGGGUUUAAGGCUUCUGUUUCCAAUGCUAAAACACUUGAUGAGAGCUAACUGUCAGGGAUUAGUUGAUAAAGUUGGCAAUAGGAUUAAUUACUGGUGUACAAAGCUCCUUUCUGUUGCUGGCAAGGGUAGCACUGAUCACUCAAAGAAACUUCACCUUAUGAGUUGGGACUUGAUUACUAGAACUAAGGGUGAAGGAGGUUUUGGUCUCAGGAAACUUGUGGAUAUUCAAUCUGCUUCUAAAGUUGUUUUAGCUUCUUGA